AUGUACGAAAAGACGUACUACGAUGCGGCGCACUUGCAGUAUCCCCACAGGAUCUACGAGAAGAGAGACGACGAGAAGUGGACAGAGUUUUUUAAGCGGGUCCAGGCUGAACGCAUCAAUGCCGAGAAAGCAAAAGAGAAGAAGGAAGCAAAGCACAAAGCAAUGUAUGACGACGAUGUGAUCUGCGUCGCGGGGCCAUUCCCAUCAACGUCCGGAACUGGAAACGCUCCAAAUUCUAUAGACCUAUGA